GAGAAAGAAGGCUGCAAAUUGAGCACACCAUGCUAUCCCUUCCACCAUGACUGUGGCUGAUCGCAUUGUUAGACAAAAUCAGAAAAACUGUUUGCAAAAGUGGCAUACAACAUUAAAUAAGAAGCAAAAAAUAAAAAUGGUGCGUUGCGGAGUGGAGAAUUGUCCAAAUAACUCGCACAAUAAUAAGGAUGCAUCAUUCUUCUCUUUGCCAAAACACCAUGAAACGCUCUUGAAGUGGUUAGAAUUCGUAUCGAAUGUUAGGUUGGAUAAUUUCGCUAAGUUUCGAAUAUGUAAUCUGCAUUUUGAAGACACAUGUUUCCGGAAAAAAUAUCCUAGGCCACUAUUACUAAUGGGCAGUAUUCCAACAUUAAAAUCCUUCACAGGUCAUGCCAAUGAAAAAAUCAAUAAAUCGAAGCCGACAAAUGAAAGUUCAACUUCAUCGCCAACGGAUGCAGUCGAUUCAACUUCAUCGCCAACGGAUGCAGUCGAUUCAACUUCAUCGCCAACGGAUGCAGUCGAUUCAAUUUCAUCGCCAACGGAUGCAGUCGAUUCAACUUCAUCGCCAACGGAUGCAGUCGACUCAACUUUAUCGCCAACAGAUGCAGCCGACACAAUUUCAUCGAUUGAUAUGAAUCAAGUUAUCACCGAUUCAAUCGAAAAAUCUGAAUCAUUAUAUGAUCAUGAAGAUAACUCAGAGGAAUCAAAAAGAGCUCGCUUUCAAAUUGACAUUGAUGUGCCGUCAACAUGUAAAGUAGUAGUUUAUGGUAAGCAAAAGUCUGUACUCAUUAAAUGGUUUUAAUUAGUAAAUAGGCUUGUUAUCAUAUUACGAUAAUAAAGGCCUUCUUAUUUCUUGACUGCAGAUCGUAGAAUAUGCAACAAUCUACAUGUUGAUAUUUAUGUCUUAGAUCGCAAUUAAGUUUUUAAUUAAUUAAGAUGAGUGAUGGAAGAAUUGUAUAUACAUUUUUACAAGUGAUUGGGUGCUUUUCAUUUAGUGACACAAAUCGACACAAACGUAUUUGUCUUUCUUACUCAUUGAAUACUAAAAAAAGAAUAGAAUAAUACUUAUAUAUCAAUUUGUAUCGAUUUGUGUCAUUAAAUGGAAAACUCAUCAUAAUUACUACAAAUUUUCAAGUUGAUUAUGUUGAAAAUGAAUGCGAAGAAUUUAGCCGAUCAAAUUCCGUUUAUUACAUCUCGGGGUAUUUAUGUAAAAAAUUCUUUUCUAAACACGAUUGUACGCUAUGUAAAGAUAUAUUGCAAAGUAACAAUGAUACCGAUUUUCAGGAAUAUAAGGCAUUUAUUAUUUGCAAACAAUACGAAGAUUCUGAAGGAUUAAUUCAUGUAAAACACGAAAUUUUCGAAAAAAUACAGACGUGGGAACGACAUUUCACAUCGAUCAUUCGUAAUACUUUUCACUGUAAGAACGUUUGUAAAAAUCUUAUGGCGUUCAACCGAGACUGUUGUCCGCAAAUUAUAUUAUGUAGCGAUGAAACAACAACCGUAUUUUUAAAAAAUUUUAUGACAAUUCGCUGUCAUUGGGAAGCGAGAUUCAUGCGUCAAGAAUUAAAACAUUCCGAAAAGAGACCAAAUAAAGCAACACAAACCAAAAAAGAAA